AUGGAUAGUGGAGGAAUUAUUCAUUCAGGUGCAGAAGCGGGAGCUGUUAGCAACCAAGAACAACCCCCUGCUUGGCUACAGACUUUACUGGAGCACCAGACCAAGCAGUUGCAGCAAAUUUUGUCACCUGUACUGACUCAGACAGCUGGUAAAGAUAUCCAGACAUCUUGGCUGAAGCAGCCUGAUGGAAAUGAUCAGUCAUACCUUGUGUCAAGUUCAUCACCCAUCCUCAUCGAGGGUGACAAGGAGGUGCUCCCCCCCAUUUCGUCCGGGCUUCCUGACUUUUCUCCAGAGCUAGAGGUGAUCCGGCAGCGCUCUCGUACAUCAGCCCCUGUUAGACAAUGGAAUGUGGACGAGUCUGUAGAGCCAGUAGUGCGUAGACGCUGUACUAGCAGGAGAGGUGGGGGACCCUCAUCUAUUGCAGCAACACUUCAGAACAGUGUCAACCCUCAGUUCCCCAGUCCCGACAGAGGUAUGGGCAUGCACAACAAUAAUAGCCACCACAGCGACCAUGCAGCGCCACGUUACUCCACGUGUUGUUCCAGUUCGAGGGCCCUUGCAUCAUUUGAAGGAAAAGAUGACUGGGCCUCCUUCUUUAUCCCUUUUGAAAGAAUGGCUCAAAGACAAAAUUGGACAAGCACAGAAAGAGUGGAUAGACUACAUGAAAGGCUGAGAGGAGCGGCUAUUCGAUUUGUAUGCUCGCUGCCUGAACAUGUCAGAGAAGAUUAUGCUCUCCUAACGGAGCAGCUGGCGCAAAGGUAUGGUCACACAGACCCACCAAACACAGCACGCCGCCGCUUAAAUGAGCUACGGCAACAGAAGGAAGCUACAGCUGAGUUUGCAGAGGAGAUUCGUCGUUUGGUCACCUUAGCGUACCCAGGUGUGGACCUCCAACUGCAGGACCAACUGGCAGCCGACGCAUUCCUUCGUGGCCUUUGCAACCAGCGAAUUGCAUAUGAGGUUAUGAACAAGGAUCCACCCACACUCACUGAGGCCCAAAAACUGGUGGAAGCACAUGAACACAAUUUUAAAGCAACAAUAGGCCGAGAUGGAGAAUUAAGGGGAAAAGUCAGGCGUAUUUCCUGGGCAGAUGAACAUGCUGAAGCUGACAUGUCUACUUCACUCAAUGUACAAGUACCACAGCGGACUGCAUAUGCUACAGUAGACCAACUGAAGCUGCUGGUGGAAAAGUUGGAGAAACUCCAAGCCACUGUGGACGCAUUAGCCCAUAAAGUGUCAUCUGGAGAGGAAGCACUCCCACGCUCUGAGACAAGGAUGGAACAACAGCGUGGAAGAACUUUUCCCCAAGCGUCAGGGAAACUAGAAUCAGCCAGGUCCGGAGGCCAGGGCCUGGCUGAUAUUCAGAGCGGCCAUAAUGUCAGCAUUAUCCAGAACAAAAACAGACCCCUUAUCCCACCUGUAGUCACAGUUGGUCGAGCAUCAAGUGAAGGGCCCAGCCUACAAAUUCCUAUCCAGGUGAAUCACUUGUCCAUCAUGUGCAUUGUUGACACAGGCGCUGAAGCAACUGUGAUGUCCAGUGAGGUGUACAAGCAGCUUGACCUAAGAAACCAGCCUGAGAGUAAGAGAGCCUGUCUGCGCAAUGCAGAAUCUGGAAAGACAAUGGGGGUGUUUGAGGGCUAUAAAGUGACACUGAAGAUUGGCAAUAAAGAGUGGGACUGGAUUGUAUACGUAGCCCCAAUUCAGGAUCCCCUCCUCCUAGGAUUGGACUUUAUGAUAAAGGCCAAUUUGACUAUCCAGAGAGGGCCCAAAGUGUUCAUUGAGGGUGACCUUGUGCCCAGCUAUGUCAGAGGUGGACCUGAAGGAGGUUAUGCAGUAUCCCGGGUGUUAUUAACAAGACCACUGACCAUUCCCCCGCAAAGUGAGUGCGAUACCUGGGGCUUUGUUGAACAUCCACACCCUGAAAUAACAGCCGUCCUGGAGCCAGUUGGCCUUGCCGAUGGCGUUUCCUCAGGAAGUGUCCUCAUAAACAUGGAGCCGAAAGUUCCUGUUAGAUUAUGCAAUAUAUCUGCUGUUAGCACACACCUCAACAAAGGCAUCUGUCUGGGAAUUCUCAUCGAAACACUUCCCUUACAAGAGGAGUGCUCUAAAGACAAAUGCAAGCUUCAUAGCCAAGAUCAAGACAACCCAGAGACGACAAAGAGUCCUGGCCAAAGCGAUUGUCCUGGUGAAGAAAAACUGUUACGGCAGGUACGCCAGUGCUGCGAACAUAACGACGUUCUAGAGUUACCAGCCCACCUUCAAGAACUAUUUACAGCAGCUGGUAGUUGUCUUAGUGAAGAGCAAGACAGUAAGCUUCUUCUACUUCUCUUAAAGUACCAGUCUGUAUUUGCCACCAGUGACAGAGAUCUAGGUCACUUCAAUACAGUGACCCAUCAUAUCGACACUGGCAACGCCAAGCCCAUCAGGCAAGCAACCCGUCGCACACCACUUGGAUUUCAGGAAGAGGAAGAAGAGCACCUCAAGCAAAUGUUGAGCUCAGGUGUCGUUGUGCCUUCCACCUCAGAGUGGGCAUCACCUGUUGUCCUUGUAAGAAAAAAAGAUGGUGGAGUUAGAUGGUGUAUUGACUUUCGGAAGCUCAACGAACUCACUCUGAAGGAUGCUUACCCACUGCCCAACAUUGAAGAAUGCCUUGACACCUUGGAAGGUGCUACUGUGUUUUCCACCCUGGACCUUCAAAGUGGAUAUUGGCAGAUUGAAGUACACAAGCGGGACCGUUGCAAGACUGCCUUUGUCACCAAGUAUGGCCUUUAUGAGUAUACACGGAUGCCGUUUGGAUUGUGCAAUGCACCAAGCACAUUCCAGAGGGCCAUGGAGGUGGUGCUACGGGGGCUGCAGUGGCGAAACCUACUUAUUUACCUUGAUGAUGUAAUUGUACUUGGAACAGACAUUGACGACAGCCUAAGAAACCUAGAGGUGGUUUUCGAACGGAUGAAGCAAUACGGACUGAAGCUGAAGCCAUCUAAAUGCCACCUGCUAAAGGAGGAGGUUCUGUUCCUAGGCCAUGUCAUCAGUGGCGCUGGAAUCCGACCAAAUCCUAAACUGGUCCAGGAAAUCACCGACUGGGAUUGCCCCAAAAGCCCUUCAGAGCUCCAAACAUUUCUGGGAUUAUGUAACUAUUACCGCCGCUUCGUGAAGUCAUUCUCCCAAAUUUGUAGCCCACUUCAUGAGCUUCUGAAUAAAGGCACUGAGUUUCACUGGGGGGAGGCCCAAGAAGCCGCUUUCAUGGAGCUGAAAAAGCAUCUGACAACAGCCCCCAUACUAACCUACCCCACCUCUCAAGGUACCUUCAUCCUGGACACAGACGCAUCAAAUUGCAGCAUUGGGGCAGUGCUCUCGCAGUUUCAGCAUGGGGAAGAAAAAGUUAUAGCGUAUGCCAGCUCUCACUUGCAGAAAACCCAAAGACGCUACUGUGUAACAAGACGUGAAUUGCUUGCAGUGGUGAAAUUUACGAGACAGUUCAGACACUAUUUACUGGGCCGAAGGUUUCUUAUUCGAACCGACCAUAACAGCUUGUCUUGGCUGUUCCGUUUCAAAAAUCCAGAAGGGCAGUUGGCAAGGUGGCUGGAAGAGUUAGGCCAGUACGACUUCCAGAUUGAGCAUCGGCCUGGGGCGCGACACGGUAAUGCGGAUGCAUUGUCCAGAAAGGUGGUUCAAUCACAGUGUGACUGCUAUCAAGCAGGAAAGGACCUAUCUGCACUGCCCUGUGGUGGAUGUACGCACUGCCGGAGGCAACAAGGUCAGUGGGCCAGAUUUGAAGCUGAUGUGGAUGAUGUGGUACCACUUGCCAUCAGACAUGUAACAAAAUGCCAAGAAAUCAGGACAGUUGGCAUCUCACCCUCACCAAAAAAUGCCCUAUGCUCACUGUCAUGCACUCAGAACCCAGAUGAGGAACUCCCAGAAGCUAACUGGAUGUCUCAAUACAGUAUGCAAGAGUUGGAGGAUAAACAGAGGCAGGACCCAUGCUUGGGUGUCCUCCACCAGUGGAUGGAAAUGGGAGAGGUUCCCAGACGAGAGCAAGUUGCCCUUAAGAGCCCAGCCAUUAGGAAGUACUGGCUGUGUUGGCCUCAAGUGGAGCGGCACAGAGGAGUUCUCUAUUACAGAUGGGAGAGUGACACUGGGGCCCCUCCCCAACUUCGAUUGCUGGUGCCCAAGUCCCUCAUAAAAGAGUUGAUGGAACUUUGCCACAACUCACCUCUAUCCGGUCACCUGGGUGUUGGUAAAACUCUACACAGAGCACGACAACACUUCCUCUGGCAUGGGAUGGGGGAAGAUGUUAGGCUUUUCAUCCAAAAAUGCCCUCAGUGUCAAGCAAGCAAGGCUGUUGGCCCAACAGGAAGAGCUCCGUUGCAGGUGUACCAGGCGGGUGCACCCAUGGACAGGCUGCAUCUGGACAUUGUGGGCCCCUUUCCCAUCUCCACUUUGGGUAACAAGUACAUACUGGUCAUAAUAGACCAGUUUACACGUUGGGUGGAGGCAUAUGCCAUACCGGAUCAGACUGCAGAGACUACUGUUCAGAAGCUCGUAUUUGAGUUCGUUGCUCGAUUCGGCUCGCCCUUGGAAAUUCACACAGAUCAAGGCAGAAACUUUGAGAGUGAUCUUUUUGCUCAAGUGUGCCAUCUGCUUAGAGUGACAAAGACCCGAACUACACCUUACCACCCAUCCUCAAAUGGCCAGGUAGAGAGGUUCAAUAGGACCUUGCUCCAAAUGAUAAGGUGUUUUGUGGACAAAAACCAACGAGACUGGGACAAGUACCUUCCAUUAUUAACAGCAGCCUAUCGAAGUUCACCACAUGCUUGCACAGGGUUCACCCCGAACCGAAUGAUGCUGGGCAGAGAAGUACAUCAGCCACAAGACCUCCUGUUGCAGGUUAUUCACCUUGACAGUAAUAGAGCCCCACCCCCUGAGUUUGUGGGAAACCUGGAAGAAAAGAUGGAACAAGCACAUGAGCUGGCGAGGGAACACCUACGAGCUGCCCAGAUCAGGCAGAAGAGGCAACAUGACCUCCGUGCAAAAGAGCAGACCUAUGAGGUGGGAGAUCUGGUAUACAUAAAGGAUAGCACGAAGAAGAAGGGCUUGAGUCCGAAACUUCAACCCCCUUGGAAAGGUCCCCUACUCAUCAGCAAAUGCCUGGGCCCUGUGCUCUUUGAAGUUCGCGAUCAACGGAGUGCCAAAGUCCUCCAUCACGAUCGGCUACAGCCCUAUAAAUCUGACAGGGUGCCAGGAUGGAUCAAGCGACUCAGACACUCGUUGCAAGGGGAGAGUAGCAGAGGCGCUGAAUGCCAAAGAGACUCUUCUACGUCACCUGAAAAGGCAAAUCAGAUCUUUGGCCCAAAUAUGUCCCCUUGCCAUGAAUCCAGCGAUGACAAUGAAGUAGGCGUGUUGCCUGUAGAGGUUCAACAAGCCAAGAAACCUCAGUGGCUGAUGGCUGAUCCUGAAUCUCCACCAAAGUGUCCAUCAGACAUAAAAGAGAAUACAGCGAACAUGCAAAUGACACGCAGAGGUCGUGUUGUGCGCCUACCCCAGCGCUACAAGGACACUUCAGACUAA